UUGACUGGAGACGUGACCACCCUCGUUCCUCCUCUCAAGAAGACUCUGUUUUGUGCCACUCAUCCGUCAAAGAAGGCAAAGCUCUACUGCGAGACGUGCGACGAGUUGAUAUGUCGAGACUGCAUCGUUCGUGUUCAUCGCGACCACCAGUACGAUCUGGUGCCCGAGUCGUUUGCCAAGCAAGAGAAAGUGAUCGUGGACUCUCUCAAGCCAGUGGAAGAACAGAUUGCUACGUUAGAAAGAGCCGUUGAGUCGGUGGACACUCGAUGUGCUGCAGUCGUAGAACAGAAGACGGCUGUGGUGGCAGAGAUCCGCACUGCCAUGGCACACCUGCGACAAGCUCUAGAGGCGAGGGAGACAGAGCUGGUGGGUCAAGCAGAGCAGACGGCACAGCAGAAACUGAAGACCUUGGCAGCACAGCGAGAUGGUUUGAACUGCAACUGGGCCAGCUGA